AUGAAGACUAUGUCAGUUCUGUUGGUGUCUCUGGGUCGCAUGUUCAGAAUGAUAGCCAUGAAGAGUGAAAGACAUCAUUCCCCAAGUGUCCUACUUUAUGUAGACAGCCAGAGUAGGGUGGAUGAAGAGCAGAUUGACAGGCUGGGAACUGAAGCUGAGGGUGACCCUGGUUCUGAGCUGACGGGACAGACUGCGAUCUGGGCUGAGCUGAGGGCAUCGGAGAGACAUGAUUGUGGAGCAGGGAGUGGAGCUGAGGUUCACGGAGACCAGAGUGACAGCUGCUGAGAGCCACGUGAACCAAGUUAAGAGAGAGAUUGAAGGUGAGCUGAGAAAAGAGACAUGUUUAUGUAGUAUAUACAGUAUGUACACUGAGUGGACAAAACAUUAAGUACACCUUCCUAAAAUGGAAUUGCACCCCCCCUUUAGCCCUCAGAACUUCCUCAAUUCGCCAGGGCAUGGACUCUACAAGGUGUCGAAAGUGUUCCACAGGGAUGCUGGCCCAUGUUAACUCCAAUGCUUCCCACAGUUGUGUCAAGUUGGCUGGAUGUCCUUUGGGUGGAGGGCCAUUCUUGAUACACACAGGAAAGUGUUGAGCGUGAAAAACCCAGCAGUGUUGCUGUUCUUGACACACUCAAACCGGUGCGCCUGGCACCUACUACCAUAUCACGUUCAAAGGCACUUCAAUAUUUUGUCUUGCCCAUUCACCCUCUGAAUGGCACAAAUACACAAUCCAUGUCUCAAUUGUCUCAAGGCUUAAACAUCCUACUUUAACCUGUCUCCUCCCCUUCAUCUACAUUGAUUGAAGUGGAUUUAACAAAAUACAUCAAUUAGGGAUUAUAGCUUUCACCUGGAUUCACCUGGUCAUGGAAAGAGCAGGUGCUCCUAAAGUUUUGUACAGUCAAUGUAUAUGCACUUUAGCAGUUGCUUUAUCCAAAGCGACUUACAAUAGUGUGCUCAUACAUUUCUGUAUGGGUGAAUUUAGAUUAGUUUAGAUUUAUCCAUCUCUUGUGGACCGACUACGUAACAUAUUCAAGCAUCUGACGCAAUUGCGUAAUAUUUUGGUUCUGGGUGUCCGAGAUUAGAAUAACAGUAACAACAAUAUCUUGUUCUUGUCAUUUCAGCUCAAGCAGACAAGCUGAUGGACAUAGAGGCCAAGAUGGCAGCUGCUGAGAACCACGUGGAAAAACUGCAGACAGAGAAUGAAGGUAAUUCAUGAUACAUUAGAUUAGAUAAUCAGGCAACAGUAGAAUGAGCAUUUAUUUGUAAUCUUAUAUUAACCAUAUUUUAAUACAUUUGUCAUUUUAGCACGAGCUGACAGACAUGGGAGCCAGAAUGAAAGCUGCUGAAAGUUGGGUGGAGGAACUGCAGAGGGUGAAUGAGGUAAACAAUGUCAAUCAAAUACAAAACAGAUACAACUAACCACAAGAAACAUGUACAUUUCUAAUUAGAUUUUUUGCAAAAGCACAAAUGAUGUUUGGCCAUCUCAAUGCUGGCUGUGAUACAUUAAGAGGACCACAAUGGAAAUAAGCCUACGGCCUUUAUUGUGUUUUUAUCUUCAAACAUUUUAAUGAAUGUAUUGUUGUCUCCUCCUGGAGAAACCAAAUACUUUUAAUUAUCAAAUAAAUCAAACAUUUAAGCAGACAGUCUUAUCCAGAUCGACUUACAGGAGCAAUUAGGGUUACGUGACAUGCUCAAGGGCACAUUGACAGAUUUUUCAUCUAGUCGGCUCUGGGAUUUGAAGCAGCGCCCUUUCAAUUACCUCUCGGUUACCUGCUGUUGACAAUAAAUGAAUUCCUGUUUUCUUUAGUCCAAGCAGCGGAGCUGCGUUCAAUGAGAGAAAAUGUGAAUACCACAGAGAGCCAGGUAGAGGAACUCAAAGUAACUGUCCAAUGAAAAUCUCACUUUUAAAAGUUCAUACUCUGUUAACACAUACCCAAAUAAUUUUGUUGACUCAUCUUAUACUCAUAUUUGUGGCCAAAGCAUAAAUUUUGAGAAAAAACACUUCUAAAACCCCACCUCAAACUUGUAUCUCAAACAGACUGUUUAAAAAAAUGCUUGCUGUUUCCUCAUAGUGGAUGAUGUCAUCCUCCUGAGGAAGAUGAGCUGGCCAAUCAGUGGUCUACUCUCAUGAAUAUUUUUAAUGACCGGUAUAAACCCACACCAUUGUGUUGUUGGGGUACACCCACACCAUUCCAACACAGAAAAGCUGCUUUAUAACAUACUUAAUUACCAUUUUUGGGAAGGAAAAUGAUUUCACUCAUAUUGUAAUUAAUUAUAGGUCAUAUUUCAUAGAAAUCUGGAAACACUGUACAGUUACUUGAAGACAGACAGUGACAGUAAGUAAACUCACAUGGAUAUAACAUGUUUUCUUCUCUCUUAGUUUUGGGAGAUUAUAACUUGACUAAUUGCUCUGCUAUAAAUGUAAUUUCAGCUCAAACUGCAGAGCUGGGUGUCACUAAGGUCAAGCUAAACUCUGUGGAGGCCAGAUUUACAGCCUGUGAGAGCCAAGUGGAUGAACUUGAGAGAGAGAAGGAAGGUAAAAUGCAGACUGGGGAGUAAGCCAUGUGCAGUGCAGUGAUUAAGCAAUCAUGGGAGUUCAGGGCUAAAAAACAGUUUAUUACUUGGUUUUAGCACAAGCUGAGAGGUCUGUCUGUCAGGUCAAACAUCAAAUAGAAUCAGGUGGCUGAACAGAAGACUGUGGUGGUGAGGCUGGAAUCAUCAGUAGAGGCUUAAUGUCUGAUGGUAAAUUAUGAUUGCGCUGGAAAGUGUGUGAAUGGUGAGUGUGUGAGCAUAAAAAGUGUAAGAGUGAUAGGGGGGGCUGUGUUUUUGCAUAUGUGUGUGUAUGUGUGUACAUGUGUGUUGAUUCUAAUUUCUUUGAAAACCAACUUGUGUUGCAGGAGGGAAGGUGGCAUUCUCUGCUUCACUUUUGGUAUCUGGUCACAGAAACACAGGACCUCAUGACUAUGAAACCAAACUGAUCUACAGAAACGCCUUCACAAACAUUGGCAAUCAUUACAACUCAGGCACAGGUACGGUAUUUAUGUUUUAUUUGUGGGUGGGGGUUCUAAUUCAAUCUUGUUCUGUUCCCAUUAUACUCUACAUAAUUGUCUAGUUUUCUGCUAACACUUGGUAACAACAAUGCCCACAGAAAAAUGCCAAUUGCCUAAACUGCAUUUAAUGUCAAUUUAAUGCUUUUGUGUGAAUUCUUAUUUCCCCAACAUCCAAUGACAGCCACUGAUACUCCUUGGUUUAAUGGACUGACUUUUCUCUUUCGAAAACACUUGACUUCACAGCACCAGUGAGAGGGGUUUACUAUUUCAGAUUUAUCGGCCAUUUUGUGACUGAAAGAAUGAUGGCAUUAAGGUUGUUUAAGAAUGACCAACCCAUUGUGAUUAAAGGUGAUCGUGCCUUCCUAAAGAUGUUGAGGAUAGUGCGUCCAAUGGUGUUGUUCUGCAUUUAGGAGUGGGAUAUGUGGUGUCAAUGAGGCUUAUGCUUGGAACCCACAUAUGGGAUGACCAAUAUCAAAGAACCACCUUCAGUAGCUUCCAAUUGGAGAAGAUUGUAGUACAGAGAAGAAAAUUGCACAGUGUCACACUAUAA